AUGGCCUUUGUGCGCAAUGGCGACAAAGGUCCCACGACGACAACCAAAUCAACGAUGGACAGUUUAGUGAAAGCGAUAUCGUUGCCAAGACCGGACCUCCAACCAUUCGACGGAGAUCCAAUAAGGUAUUGGCCCUUUAUACGGGCCUUUGAUGUAUUAAUGUCAGAUGUUAGUGACGAUAAUUUUAAACUAACAACUCUUAUGAAGUAUUGUAGAGAUAAGGCUUAUGAUGCCUUGCAAUGUUGUCUCAUGCGAGACCCUUCAGAUGGUUAUAAACUGGCUAGGGAGAUCCUAUCCGAACGAUUUGGGGAUAAGGGUACAGUAGUACAAACUUGGGUUGCAAAAAUUGUUAACCGCCCUAAAGUAGAUGUUGCUCAUUUGAGACAAUUCUCCGAUGAUCUGUCUUCUUGCAGGGAGACAUUAGAUGCUAUGGGUUUUGUAGGUGAGAUUGAUAAUCAAAGAGCCUUGAGAACAGUUAUUGAUAAGCUACCACGAUAUCUUCAGACAAGAUGGGUUAGGGAGUACCAAAAAAUUAAAUCCAAGGGCAAUCAACCUAACAUAGGUGAUGUUGUAGAUUUCAUUAAGUCAGCUUCAAAGGAAGCUAAUGAUCCAGUUUUUGGUAGUCUAAUUACAGGUAGUGCGAUAAGUUCUACUUCUAGUAAUGAUAAGAGUACUGUCACCAACAAUUAA